AUAAAGGGCCGGUGUUCUCAACUGACGAUGCAGUCAUAACGAAUCGUAAACUAACAAACAGUAAGCUCAGUCAGCAUAUAAAUGUAUUAGACUCCGCCCAGUAAAAGUCGAAAACAAACUUGCAACAAAGAAGGGAAAAACGAAAGAAACACGAAAAUGCCAUCACGUACCUCAGCCACAAUGAAAGCUCUUCAGCUACUUCGCCAGACCGCCAGCGAAGCCCCUCGUCUCGUCUUCACCGAGGUACCAAAGCCGGUGCUCAUACCAAACCACGUCCUGGUCAAGGUCCACGCUUCAGCAAUCCACCCCAGCGAUGUUGGUAACGCCUUGGGUCAGUUUUCAUACACACAAUACCCUCGUGUUGCUGGGAGAGACUAUGCGGGAGUCAUCGAAGAAGGCCCUCAAGAGCUGGUUGGACAAGAGGUAUAUGGCACCAGCGGGCGCGAGUACGCCUUUACCAAGGACGGCUUCCAGGCGGAAUACUGCCUCGUCCACGAAGAUGAGAUUGCCCUGAAGCCGAAGAGCAUAUCGUUUGUCGAGGCGGCCACGCUUGGCGUUCCAUUCACGACAGCCUCGCAAAUGGUCGAGAGGGCAGCCAUCACAGAGUCCGACACUGUCCUCGUCAUAGGGGCCAAGGGCGCCGUUGGAUCAUCUGCAGUUCAGCUCAUCCAGAACAUUGGCGCGCGGAUCAUCAAGGGCACUCGCGAUGCUGACGGCCAUGUGAACACCGACGAAGACCCAGAACUGAACACUUUGGACGUCCUGACAGAGGGCAAGGGAGUCGACGUCAUUCUCGACACCGUGGGAUCUCCUACUCUAAUGCUUAAUGGCCUUAAGAAACUCGCCAAAAAUGGCCGCCUUGCUUUCAUUUCUGCUCCCAAGGUCGGCGCUCGAGACAUCAGCUUCGACAUGCGUGACUUUUAUCGCGCUGAUUUGAGCCUUUUGGGCUGCAACUCGCUGAACCCAUCAGCGAAGGACAUGGCACGGCGAAUGAGUUCCAUGGCGAAGCUUUUCGAGUCUGGAAAGUUGAAAUCCGGGAGCAAAUGGACACCAGUGCCCAUUGAUCAAGCCGUAGAGGCGUAUGGCAAGUUGAUGAAGAGGACGACGGAGGAAAAGUUUGUCGUUGUCAUGGAGUAAAGGGAGAUGAUCAAGUCAUGAUUACGGGAAGACGACUUAUGAUUACGAAGCAUAAAUUUCUCUGACCAUUGGCACUAAGGUGGAUGAGAUAUUGAUUAGGAAGCGAGUUCUGGAACAGUGUUGCCUUAUAGCAUAAAGACAAUAAGACGCAUCCAUAAGUCUCCGAAGGUAUUUGGUAAUAGCAUAGAGAGACAGGAAAGCCGCAAUACAGGUG